GUGGUGAGGUCCCGGGUCCAGCCUGUUGCUGAUGCUGCCGAGGGGUAUUCAUCAUGGAGCUCGCGCCGCGGGGCUGUCCCGUGCCGCGAUGGCUGCUGCUGCUGCCGCUGCUCCUGGGCCUCAGCACAGGAGCUGUCAUCAACUGGCCCACAGAAGAAGGCAAGGAAGUCUGGGAUUAUGUGACUGUCCGUAAGGAUGCCCACAUGUUCUGGUGGCUCUAUUAUGCCACCAACCCUUGCAAGAACUUCUCAGAACUGCCUCUGGUCAUGUGGCUUCAGGGUGGACCAGGUGGUUCCAGCACUGGAUUUGGAAAUUUUGAGGAGAUUGGGCCCCUCGACAGUAAUCUCAAACCACGAAGAACCACCUGGCUCCAGUCUGCCAGCCUCUUAUUUGUGGAUAACCCUGUGGGCACCGGCUUCAGUUACGUGAACCAGAGUGGCGAGUAUGCAAAGGACUUGGCUACGGUGGCUUCAGACAUGAUGGUUCUCCUGAAGACAUUCUUCGAUUGCCACAAAGAAUUCCAGACAGUCCCAUUCUACAUCUUCUCAGAAUCCUACGGAGGAAAAAUGGCUGCCGGCAUUGGUCUAGACCUUUAUAAGGCUGUUCAGCAAGGGACCAUCAAGUGCAACUUCUCUGGUGUCGCUUUGGGUGACUCCUGGAUCUCCCCUGUUGAUUCGGUGCUCUCCUGGGGACCCUAUCUGUACAGCAUGUCUCUUCUCGAUGACAAAGGCUUGGCAGAGGUGUCUAUUGUUGCAGAGAAAGUCCUGGAUGCUGUUAAUAAGGGACUCUACAAAGAAGCCACUCAGCUGUGGGAGGAAGCAGAAAUGGUCAUUGAAAAGAAUGCAGAUGGGGUAAAUUUCUACAACAUCUUAACAAAAAGCACCCCCUCAUCUGCAAUGGAAUCGGGCCUGGAAUUCCUUCAGAGCCACUUAGUUCGACUUUGUCAACGCCACGUGAGACACCUACAAGGAGACGCCUUAAGUCAGCUCAUGAAUGGCCCCAUCAAAAAGAAGCUCAAAAUCAUUCCUGAGGAUCUCUCCUGGGGAGCCCAGUCUGCUAAAGUCUUCCUGAACAUGGAGGAGGACUUCAUGAAGCCCGUCAUCAACAUUGUGGAUGAGUUGCUGGAAGUUGGGGUCAACGUGACUGUGUAUAAUGGACAGCUUGAUCUCAUUGUGGACACCAUGGGUCAGGAGGCCUGGUUGCGGAAGCUGAAGUGGCCAGAGUUGCCCAAAUUCAACCAACUAAAGUGGAAAGCCCUAUACAGUGACCCUAAGUCCUUGGAAACCUCUGCUUUUGUUAAGUCCUACAAGAACCUGGCUUUCUACUGGAUUCUAAGAGCUGGUCACAUGGUUCCUUCUGACCAAGGGGACAUGGCUCUAAAGAUGAUGAGGCUGGUGACUCAGCAGGAGUAGGAUGUCCUGGGCUGAGAUGAGCUCGCUCGGCCUGGGGACACAGGAGCGGAGUGAAGGAUACUGGAGCUAUAGGGAAUACUGUUCCUCCAGAGUCUAAAGAGGGCUGGGGUGGUGAAGGCUCCUACCGUCUUCCACAGACGACAAGAUUAUGGCCUUGUGGCAACCUGCUUCUUAAAAAAAACCUAGGUAUUUUUAAAAGAUGAAUUUAUUUCAAUCAAAAUGAAGGAUUGUAAUAGAUUGACUUUUUUCUUAUUACCAAACAAAUGAUGUGAUUUAUAGAAGAAAAGUAGGAAGUAGACAAAGAACAAAAUAAACACUCAUAGUCUCCCUUCCUAGGAAAAAACACAGGCCUUUUUUUUUUUGCAAUACAUACAUAUAUAUUUUUUACAGAAAUGGAAUCCUUACUGUCUGUUACUUUACUGUCUUUGUUCACAUCUCAGCAUGUCCUAAACACCUUUUCAUAUCA